CGUCGUAUCGGGUUAUGACUGUAAGUCAGGACAAACUGCUUGCCUCCUUGAACCAUGAACAGUGGACAGAUCCUAUUUCUCGGGGUGAUGAUCCUUGCCAUGCUGGCGCUCACAGACUCUUUUGUGCCCCCGAGUAACGACCUAUGUAACACAAGUGGUUGUAGACAUGGAAAUGGUCGGCUUAGAUGUCAGUCAUGUACCAUCGGGUGUCACGGAUCAAACUGCAGCUCUCCUUGCGAAGGAAGUUGUCACACAGACGGAUGUGACAGACACACUGGGGAAUGUUUCAGAUGUACGCCAGGGUUAUAUGGGCUACACUGCGUCACACUCUGUGCACGACGAUGUUCCAGCAGUAGGGUAGGUGGCGCUGUCUACUGUGACCGACACACAGGUGCUUGCUCUGAAUCUUGUGAUGGAGGAUGGACUGGAGUACACUGUGAUAAACGAUGUCCGACCAACUGCAAGGGGCCAGUCUGUCACCAGCAUACAGGACAGUGUCUGGCUGGGUGUGAGGGAGGAUGGACAGGAGACUUCUGUAACACAACCUGUGACAACUGUCUGAUGGGGAGAUGCAGCAACACUGGCUACUGUCUACAUGGAUGUGAAGCAGGCUUCUAUGGACAAAAGUGUGAGGAGAGAUGUCAACAUUGCUGGACCACUGGCUGUGACAGACAGAUUGGAAUAUGUGAACAGUGUCAGCCUGGUUACCAUGGCCAUCACUGCAACGAAACGUGUCCUGAGAAGUGCUACAAAGGAAGAGAUGGACACAGACACUGUAACCGAAGUACUGCAGCUUGCCAGGAAGGGUGUGUUACUGGGUGGCACGGUCCGCGGUGUCACACGCCGUGCAGUACCUCCUGCAAGUCUUCCCUGUGUUACGGCCAUGAUGGAUCGUGUGUGAAGGGCUGUGUACAAGGGUAUUAUGGGACACAUUGUCAGAAGAAAUGUCUGCGUUGUAGAAACAAUGUGUGUGACCACCAUGGUAGAUGUUCAGCUUGCAUUGAUGGAUGGUUGGGAGAGAGAUGUGACGUAUGUGGCCACGGGCAAUGCAUCAACUGUUCACGAGGGUAUCAUGGCACUAACUGCACUGCUCGUUGUAGUGGGUCGUGUGUGGAUGGUGUGUGUGAGGUAGAUGGUCGCUGUAGUCGUGGGUGUAAGGACGGGACCUACGGCAGUCAGUGUCAACACAGAUGUAGUGGGGGCUGUGUAGCGUGUGAUCGGAUGACAGGGGAUUGUACAAGACAGGGCGAUGACGAUGCAGGUAUCAAACUUGAUGUGCUUGCAGGCACAUGCUCCUUAAUGUAUUCAAACUAUCAACAUAUAAUACCAGUUACGUUUGUACUGAUCUACGCACACUAGAAUCCCCGGCCGCGUCAUACGUUAAAAGAUGGUACUUGUUGUUACCAUGUCUGGCGCUCGGCAUUAAGGGGCUAAAAACAAGGACUGGUCGGCUCGGAGUCAGUAUGCUGUGUCUGAGUA